AUGCGACCUCCACCUGGAAUGUCUCACUCUCCUAAUCGAGUAUGUAAGCUUCGUAAACCUCUCUAUGGAAUCAAACAAGCACCUCGUGCUUGGUUUGAAAAGUUUUCCAACGCUGUUCUACGAUUCAGAUUCACUCAAAGUGCAUAUGAUUCAGCCAUGUUUAGUCGUUCCACUGCAAGGAGUAUGGUUAUUCUGCUCCUCUACGUAGAUGAUAUGGUCAUUACAGGUGAUGACAUGAAAGGCAUUGAUGCUCUUAAAACUCAUCUUAGUUCAUGUUUUGAAAUGAAGGAUCUAGGCUCCUUAUGUUACUUUCUUGGUUUAGAAGUUGAUCACUCAUCUGAUGAUUGUUUCAUCUCUCAAGUAAAAUAUGCCUCAGAUAUUCUUCAACGUGCUGGAUUAACGGAUAAUAAAACUGCAGCCACACCUCUUGAAUUGAAUAUCAAGCUUAGUCCUUCUGAUGGAGAACUCCUUCCUAAUCCUACCUUGUACCGCCAGCUUGUGGGAAGUCUAAACUACUUAACUAUUACUCGACCAGACAUCAGUUAUGCAGUGCAUAUAGUUAGUCAGUUCAUGUCAGCUCCGCGAUCCACUCACUAUGCAGCUGUACUCAGGAUCUUACGUUAUAUCAAAGGGACAUUGUAUCAAGGAGUUACGUUUUUGUCCACUUCUGAUCUCUGCCUUCGUGCAUAUUCAGAUUCAGAUUGGGCAGGAGAUAUUACAGAUAGACUCUCAACUACAGGCUAUUGCUUAUUUCUGGAUAGUUCAUUAAUAUCUUGGCGUAGUAAGAAGCAAAACGUAGUUUCUCGAUCUAGUGCUGAAGCAGAGUAUAAAGCUCUUGCACACUCAACCUCAUAA